AUGUGGGCUGAACUGUUUGAAACUCAUGCUCACGCCACUCAGGUGCUCCACCACAACAUUCCUCAAGCUGGCCUAGAGCCUCCUGCGCGCACCGAUGCUUCCUAUGCUCGGUGGGCCACUCUUGACUCUACUGUCAAACAGUGGAUUUAUUCCACCAUCUGCUUUGAUCUUCUCGCCACUUUUAUGGAGAAAGGUUCUACUGCUAUGGCUACUUGGAACCGUAUCGCUUCUAUAUUUGAGGACAAUCAGAACUCUCAUGUUGUCGCUCUCGACCAGGAUUUCAUCUCCACUCGCAUGGAUGAUUUUCCUAGUGUUUCAGUGUAUUGUCAGCGUCUGAAACAUAUCUCUGAUCAGUUGAGGAAUGUUGGUGCCCCAGUCAGUGACCAUCGUCUUGUUCUCCAGUUGGUCUCUGGUCUCACUGAGCCUUUCCGUGCUGUUGCCACUCUGAUCCGUCAGAGCGAGCCUUUGCCUCCUUUUCUCAAGGUCCGCUCCAUGCUGAUUCUAAAGGAAUCUGGUCUUGCCAAGAUGUCAGGCUCUGCCUCUAGGACUGCUCUGCACACCUCUACUUCUCAUCCACGGAACUCCGAUGACUCUACUUAG